AAAGAAAAAUGUAGCACAGAUAUUAAGAAGACUUGCCUCUAUGAGAAUUAUAUUUCACUAUACGAAGCUUAUAUUCUCCGAUUUUCAUCAUGGCGGUGGUAUGGAGAAGAGUUUUUACAGUUCUCGGUUUAGUUGGCUUGUGUUUUUUUGGAAUUCCAAUUAAAGUAGAUAAAAAUCCUGAAAUACAAAAAGAAGAGUUGUUCAAAGAAUUUUUACAAAGAUUUAACAAGUCUUAUUGUAUAAAUAAUAAAACAGAGUAUGCGAAGCAUUAUAAUAAUUUUAAGGAGUCAUUGAAGGUAAUUGAUGAAUUGAAUCAGGGCAGAUCAACAAAUCACAGUGCCCUUUAUGGCAUAACAAGAUACUCAGACUUGUCAAAAGAAGAGUUUUUACACCUUUAUUUGCAACCUAGGCUACAUGAUCACUUGCAUUUGAAGAAACAGAAGCAGAUUCAUAAUUCACAAAAAUAUUAUUUUGGUCUCAGCAAGAGAGCAUUGGUAGAUGACCUUCCCAUGCAUGUUGAUUGGAGGGAGAAGAAUGUGAUAACAGAGGUUCGUAACCAGAAGACAUGUGGAGCAUGCUGGGCCUUUAGUACUGCAGCAACUGUUGAAGCUAUGUAUGCGAUAAGGACAGGGAUACUACAUAAGUUUAGUAUCCAGGAGCUGAUUGAUUGUGCAGAAAAUGGUAAUUCAGGCUGUGAAGGUGGAGAUACAUGCAGUCUACUAGAAUGGUUGGUGGACAAGAAAAUUAAUAUUGUAUUGGAUAAUGAAUAUCCUUUAGUUUGGAGAACACAGACAUGCAAAUUAAAAGGAUCAGAACACGUUAUUAAAAUAGCUUCAAAUUUUUCAUGUGAAUAUUUGGUUGGUUCAGAAGAUGAGAUCUUGAAGCUUUUGGCUCAUCAUGGACCGGUCGCAGUUGCUGUCAAUGCUUUAAACUGGCAGAACUAUCUAGGAGGUGUUAUUCAGUUUCACUGUGAUGGGGGCCCUGAACACAUUAACCAUGCUGUUCAGAUUGUUGGAUAUAACCGAAGCGCCCCAGUUCCUCAUUAUAUUGUCCGCAACUCAUGGGGUGCUGAGUUUGGACAUAAUGGGUACCUCUAUAUAGCAAUUGGCAGCAAUCUUUGUGGUGUGGCUACAGAAGUAUCCACCCUUGAUGUCCUCUGAAGAAAUAUUAAUUUUUCCAUGACAUUGAUAUCAAUCUUGGAUUCAUUAUAAUAAUAUUUCAGUGAAAUUUUAUGUAAAUAAUUCUGUAGUUUUUAUCUUUUUUCUUGUAAAUAAUGUUAGCUUUUGAAGUUAUAUAAUUAUGAAUAUCUGCACUGUGUUCCUAUGUAUAUACAAGAAAAAUGAACAAGAUGUUCACGAAAACCCAAAGAUUAAAUUAAGCAUCCAUUUAUAGUGAUAAAGUGAUAGAUUUUGUCUUCCAUGUAAGGAAUUGAUUGAGUGACUAUCUUUAGGUUGUUAAAAGGUGCAAAUGAUUUCUUGGUGCUCAAAAGUUAAGCAGAUACAGUACAAUAAUGAAACAUUUUAUUUUUAUACUUUUUUCAUUGUGUCAUGUUUUUUAUAUAAAUGUGCAUAAAUUAACUUUGUUUUCCACACUGAUGUAACAAUAAAGUACUACAUGAUUAUUAUUUAAUGUAGGUGUUAAAUGUUGUUACAAAUUAAUUGGAAUUGUAUUAGACUUUUAAAAUGGCUAGUUUAUAUUUAUGCCUAUAAUAGUAUUAAAAUAAAGUGUGUUUGUUUUGUUUGGCUGUGUUAUUUAGUUUGUUGUUGGAUGGCAUGAAUUUCUUGAUGGAUAUUGUGUCUGCCAUUAGAUGUUUGUUCGAUACGGUAUGUUGUAAUCGGUUUGUGUGUUAAAUAGCUCCGAGUCUUUCUGAUUUACUUCAUUUUUUAGUGCAGCAGACCCUCCUUUGUGGGUUUGCUUAUUUGUGGAAAAAUUAUGUGUUAAUAUUUGUGCAUAUUAAAUAUAAUGUUUCAUUUGUG